AUGGCCCUCCUGAAGACCCCUUCCCGCCCCAUCCUCUCUAAACCAUCCUCCCCCGUCUUCUCCCACCCCCCAAAGCGGCGCCCAGCGCUCCACUCCGUCAAGCACCACCAACACCACCCCCACUUCCUCCGCCGCAGCCAUCUGCCCCUCUCCUAUGCCCCACUCUCCAAGAACGCUUCUUUCUCCCCCCGCGCCGCCGCCGAGGAUGGCGGCGCCGCCGUGGGAAAGCCCGGGAAGAGGACGGACAUCAAGAAGAUUAUGAUUCUCGGAGCCGGCCCCAUCGUCAUCGGCCAGGCCUGCGAGUUCGACUACUCCGGCACGCAGGCCUGCAAGGCCCUCAAAGACGAGGGCUACGAGGUGGUGCUCGUGAACUCCAACCCCGCCACCAUCAUGACCGACCCGGACAUGGCCCACAGGACCUACGUGGCCCCCAUGACCUCGGAGCUCGUGGAGCAGGUCCUCGAGAAGGAGCGCCCCGAUGCCCUCCUCCCCACCAUGGGCGGCCAGACCGCCCUCAACCUCGCCGUGGCCCUCGCAGAGAGCGGCGCCCUCGAGCGCUACGGCGUGGAGCUCAUCGGAGCGAAGCUCGACGCCAUCAAGAAGGCCGAAGACCGGGAACUCUUCAAGGAGGCCAUGCGGAACAUCGGGAUAAAGACUCCGCCUUCGGGGAUCGGCAACACCAUGGAGGAGUGCGCCACCAUUGCCGAGUCCAUUGGGGAGUUUCCGCUCAUCAUCCGGCCGGCGUUCACUCUCGGAGGAACCGGCGGGGGCAUUGCCUACAACAAGGAGGAGUUCGAAGCCAUCUGCAAGUCUGGGCUGGCAGCGAGUUUAACUUCGCAGGUGCUGGUGGAGAAGUCGCUGCUCGGGUGGAAGGAGUUCGAGCUGGAGGUCAUGAGGGAUCUUGCAGAUAAUGUGGUAAUCAUCUGCUCCAUCGAGAACAUCGAUCCCAUGGGGGUCCACACCGGUGAUUCCAUCACUGUGGCGCCUGCUCAGACGCUGACGGACAAGGAGUACCAGCGGCUGAGAGACUAUUCUGUGGCUAUUAUCCGGGAGAUUGGGGUCGAAUGUGGUGGGUCCAACGUGCAAUUCGCGGUCAACCCUGUGGAUGGGGAGGUCAUGGUGAUCGAGAUGAACCCCAGAGUCUCGAGGUCCUCGGCCCUGGCGUCCAAGGCCACCGGGUUCCCUAUUGCCAAGAUGGCCGCGAAGCUCUCUGUUGGUUACACCUUGGAUCAAAUUCCAAAUGACAUUACGAAGAAAACCCCUGCUAGUUUUGAGCCCUCGAUUGAUUAUGUUGUGACAAAGGUAAGCUUCAAUCUUUGACUUUCUUUUUCCGUCCAAUUUAUUUGCUCUGAUUAUCGUUGAUCAGUUUUUCCUCUUCCGAAUGCGAUGCCAAGUGGGUGACAUUUUGUCUUCAUUUCGAUCUUGCCCAGUGCAAAUUUUUUUGUUCAUCAUUUGACAAUUACAUCUGAGCUCUGUUUAUCAAUGAUGCACCCCGGCCCACAUAAUAUCUGACAUAAUAAGUUUACUGUGCAUGAUCCUAAUUAUGUUAAUGAGAAAUGCCUGUGGAAUUAAUCUUCUAUCCUUACUAAUUUCCAAAUAUUGAUAUUUUCGUGUGGGUAUUUUUCGGAGUUUAUUAAUUUGAGUGAGCUCCCGGAUUAUGAUUCUUGAAUCAUUUCCUGCUACUUGGGGGAUGAAAGACAGUGGUUUUAUAAUUUUAUGAUGCCCAGGCUUCAUUACAAUGUAGAUUUUCCCUGCUGCUGCAUCAUCAAUAGAUCUCCAUGUCCAUGGCCUUGUAACACGCUUCAAUCAGAGGAUUGUUCUUGAUAAUAGCGGCUAUUAUUUCUUGUAACUUCAGGCUUUUUUCUCAUUCUCAUGUCAAGGAAAGCAUUAUUCAUUUUCUGUGCACUAAAAUGACAGUUUUCUUGGGAUGAGAAUCAGAUCAGAAAGUGCCUUCCCUUACUGAGAACUGGGAGUAAUUUGUCUGGUGUAGUUAAGGAAAAGUAGGCCUCCGCAACCUAGUGUUCUUUCAUGAAAGAGAGAUCCUAGAACAGAUAUGGGUCAAUUCAAUGGACAUUGCAAAAUCACAGCAAUAAUGGUGGCAAAUAAACCAAAGAAUAUUGUGAAGCCUAGGCAAGUAUCAUGUACUGUUAUGUGACAUCCCAGGAGGCCAGUCUCGAUCAGAAACUAGGAAGCAGAAAAUCUAUGUCGCUGCAGCUGUUUUUUGAAAGAUCAUAGUCAUAGUAGUGGGAUUCAAUAUGGGUUAUCUCUUUAUUCCCUCAGGUGAUGAUUCAAUGUCUAAAUUCCCUGCUGCAUGAUCUGAUUUUACUGCAGAGAUCCUCACGGUAUCUAAUUGGAUCAGACCCAAACUAUUUUCUUGGUAUAUAUCGUUGUUUCCUAUAGGCUGCCUUGUCACAAUUAGUCUGAUGUUCUUGUGCCCUGUAAAAGGAGCCUUCCCUCCUUGCUUUUCUAUUCCAGUCACCAAAAUUGACGCAUGAAGAAGCCCUUCCCCUCAAUAACGAUCAUGAUAAUAGACAGAGUUGUCAAGAAUAUUAUGCACUUUUUUAUGAACUGUGCGCCGAUUUUCCCCACCCGGCUUGAUAGAAUCGAGUUCUUGCUAAUGUCAUUUAUUUUUAUUUAUCCUCAUUUUUUUCAUUUCUAUCGGGUUUUUUCCAAAGAAAUUACUUCUGCUAAGACUGGUUGCACAUCAUGUGCGAUCUUUUUUUGUCAUUUGCUGCAAUUAAUUAAACCCAUUAAACCUCAGUUAGUUUCUUUUUUAUAUAUUUCCUCGAUCUUUAUUUUUUAGUAGAUUUGGUACAUAAACUACAUAUUUUUAUACCGCAUAAACUUAUCACAUGCAUAUUUUUCUUAGUAUUCGUCGUAUUUGCAAGCAAUCUUUCUUCACCUUUUUUUAUCGGCACUCAAUGUGUGCAGAUUCCGCGCUUUGCAUUCGAAAAAUUCCCUGGUUCGCAGCCAGUAUUGACCACACAAAUGAAAUCAGUGGGCGAAGCAAUGGCAAUGGGUCGGACUUUCCAAGAAUCCUUCCAGAAAGCUGUCCGGUCUUUGGAGUACGGCUUCUCCGGUUGGGGCUGUGGAAGGAUAAAAGAGCUCGAUUGGGACUGGGAUCAGCUGAAGUACAGCCUCCGUGUUCCAAACCCAGAUCGUAUCCACGCGAUCUAUGCAGCAAUAAAGAGAGGGAUGAAGGUGGAGGAAAUCCACGAGCUCAGUUUCAUCGACAAGUGGUUUCUUUCACAGCUUAAGGAGCUGGUUGAUGUUGAGCAGUUCCUCCUCUCUACGGCUCUACCAGAGUUGUCAAGGGAUGACUUUUAUGAGAUAAAAAGGAGGGGAUUCAGCGAUAAGCAGGUUGCAUAUGCGACCAAGUCCACUGAGUAUGAAGUGCGGGCUAAGAGGUUGUCUCUGGGGGUGGUUCCUGCUUACAAGAGGGUGGAUACCUGUGCUGCAGAGUUCGAGGCAAACACGCCGUAUAUGUACUCAUCCUAUGACCUUGAAUGUGAGUCAUCCCCGAAUCAAAGGAAGAAAGUUCUGAUCUUGGGAGGUGGACCCAACCGCAUCGGUCAAGGCAUCGAGUUUGACUAUUGUUGCUGCCAUGCUUCAUUUGCCCUCCAAGAGGUUUGUCGUUUCGAUCAUUAUCAUUAUUAUUAUUAUUAUUAUUAUUAUUAUUAUUAUUAUUAUUAUUAUUUUCAUUUUUAUUUCGGUACCAAAGUUGAUAUUGCAACCCUGUUUCAAAGUAUGCUUGCCCAAUCAGGAAUUUUUCUUCUCUUUUAAUGAAAUUAGUCAUUUUUUCUAUAUAUCACUAACUAUUUCGCAUAACCAUCACUUUUUUUUCUUUCUUUCGCAUUAUUUAUGCCUCUCGUUUUAAAAAAAAUAAAUGGUUACAGGCUGGAUAUGAGACAAUUAUGAUGAACUCGAACCCAGAAACAGUCUCCACAGAUUAUGAUACCAGUGACCGCCUCUACUUUGAGCCACUGACAGUCGAGGACGUGUUGAAUGUGAUCGAUAUGGAACGACCGGAUGGCAUAAUCGUCCAGUUUGGGGGUCAGACUCCGCUCAAGCUCGCACUCCCCAUACAGAAUUACUUGGAGAAGCAGCAGCUCCCAUCUGCUUCUGGUGCAGGGCGAGUCCGAAUAUGGGGCACCUCCCCUGACUCCAUUGAUGCAGCUGAGGAUCGAGAGAGAUUCAACGCCAUUCUCGUCGAGUUGGGGAUUGAGCAACCAAGAGGUGGAAUUGCCAAGAGCGAAGCCGAUGCCCUGUCGAUCGCCUCAGAGAUCGGCUACCCAGUUGUUGUGCGACCUUCAUAUGUCUUGGGCGGGAGAGCCAUGGAGAUCGUAUAUGGCGACGACAAGCUGGUCACCUACCUGGAGAACGCUGUCGAGGUUGACCCCGAGCGGCCGGUGCUGGUCGACAAGUACCUCUCCGAUGCAGUGGAAAUUGACGUGGACUCGCUGGCCGAUUCAUACGGGAAUGUGGUGAUUGGUGGGAUCAUGGAGCACAUCGAGCAAGCAGGAGUGCACUCUGGGGACUCGGCCUGCUCUUUGCCCACCAAGACGGUGCCCAUCAAGUGUUUGGAGAUCAUCCGGUCGUGGACAUCGACCCUGGCAAAGCGGCUCAAAGUUUGUGGUCUCAUGAACUGCCAGUACGCCAUCACGGCCUCCGGCAGCGUCUUCCUCCUCGAGGCAAAUCCCCGGGCCUCACGGACGGUGCCGUUUGUGUCGAAGGCCAUCGGCCACCCACUGGCGAAGUAUGCCUCCCUGGUCAUGUCCGGUAAGUCCCUGCAAGACAUCGGGUUCACGAGCGAGGUGGUGCCGCUGCAUGUAUCCGUGAAGGAGGCGGUGCUGCCGUUUGACAAGUUCCAGGGCAGCGACGUGCUCCUCGGGCCGGAGAUGCGCAGCACCGGCGAGGUCAUGGGCAUCGACUUUGACUUCUCGAUGGCCUUCGCCAAGGCCCAGAUCGCCGCCGGGCAGAAGCUACCCCUCCGCGGCACGGCGUUUAUCAGCUUGAAUGAUCUGACCAAGCCCCACCUCGCUGCCAUUGCUCGUGGUUUCCAAGAGCUCGGGUUCCAGAUCGUAGCAACCUCCGGCACUGCUCGGGUGCUCGAACUCGAAGCCGUACCGGUGGAGCGGGUGCUGAAGAUGCAUGAGGGUCGGCCCCAUGCCGGGGACAUGAUUGCCAAUGGGCAGAUCCAGGUGAUGGUCAUCACGAGCUCUGGUGAUGCCCUUGAUCAGAUUGAUGGGCGGCAGCUGAGGAGGAUGGCGCUCGCCUACAAGGUGCCGAUCAUCACCACUGUGGCAGGCGCCCUGGCGAGCAUAGAGGCUAUUAGAUGCCUGAAGCAGAGUUCCAUGAAGAUGCUGGCUUUGCAAGACUUCUUCACCACCCCUGCUGAUACCAAGAACUUGCAGACUGCCGCCUCUUCAACCACCAUUUAA